GAGGCCCCAAGGUCAUGCGAAGCGCCGGACCAAACCUCCCGUUCGAGAUUUUUUCGUUAUCAGGUCUUGUUGACAGGGGUUAUUUUUGUCUUCAGGACACAUUCUAACCUUCUAACGUUACUCAAGGUACGAAAAAGCUCCCGCUGGCGUCGAAGGUCGCAUGAGGUCACAGGUCACCUGCGAGGUCAGACAUGAUCGGGAGGCUUGAGUGGAGAUGAGUGGAGAAUCGUCACAGCGCGAGCCCGGCUUUGUCUACGAUGCGACCAGACUGCGAAUCGAGAAUGGCUGGAACAAGCCGCACUACAUCUACGGCAAGGAGGACACGCAGGGGUUCGUGUGCGGUUGGGGCGCGGCGGUCAUCAACACGGUCGUCACGUUCCCCGUCAACAAGCUUAUGUUCCGCCAGCAGCUUCACGGGAUGCGGCUGCACACGUUCAACCAGAUGCAAUCAGAAGGGCUGCGGCACCUGUACCGGGGGCUGCUCCCGCCCUUCUUACAGAAAACAUUCUCCCUGUCGCUCAUGUUUGGCUUGUACGACGUCUACGGCAAACUUCUAACCCACAGCUGUCCAAACAUGCAGAAACCGGUGGUGCAGGCGAUCGCGGGGAUGGGCGCGGGAUUUUCAGAGGCGAUCCUGACACCGUUCGAACGUCUCCAAACGUUACUACAAGAUCACAGAUACCACAAUCACUUCACCAACACGUUUGAUGCCUUCAAGACUGUCCGAACAUAUGGAUUCGCUGAGUACUACCGCGGCGUGUCGGUAAUAUUGAUCCGCAACGGUCUCAGUAACGCCGUCUUCUUUAACAUGCGAGGGACGAUCAAAGACGCCCUUCCCACCACACACGGCCAGAUGGGCAACUUUUUCGAAGACUUUGUCAGCGGAGCUGUACUGGGAGCGUUGCUCAGUACGCUGUUUUUCCCGGUAAACGUGACAAAAACGGCCAUGCAAGCGAGACUCGGAGGAGAGUUUAUCGGUCCGGUUAAGAUGUUCCUCAUCGUGUACGAGACGCGGGGACGGAAGUGGAAAAAGAUGUUUCGCGGUGUCCACCUGAGCUACUCGCGGGCGAUGAUAUCGUGGGGAAUCAUCAACGCGUCGUACGAGCUGCUCAGGACGUUAUUAUUUCCGCAGAGUGAAGAGGACUGAUUGUUAACCCUCACCCAAACGGCACCUGCUUCAACUGAAGCACUUUUGGGUACAUAGAUGGGCUCUUAGUUAUGAUAGAGUUAAAACUGUCCCAAUUUCACUGUGUGUCACAGUGCAUGGCAUUAGAGACCAUAUAGAAGGAAUAUCAAAUACGCUAGAAAUUGAUCUAAGUAAAAGAAAAUGUCACGAUGUUACUGUAUCCUGAUAAUCGGACCUUGUAGCAGGGUUCUCUCGAUAUAGAUUUUUUUUGUCGUCAUCUCAGAUUGACCAAGCAAAGCUCUGCAAGAAAACUAGGAAGGUUGGGUGGCAUGUCCCUAGGAAAUUUUAACCCUCUGAAUUGCUAUUUGUUGCUGGUAAAUUUUAGAAGCAGGAGAGAACUCUUAUUCAGAACAUUCUACAACCAGAAUAAAUGGCACUAUCAAUAUAUAGAAUAUAAGAAAGUCCUGUGACUCUCUAUGAUUAUUGUAAAACUUUAUAAGACCACAACAGUUUUUGGCUCUUAUAUUG